AUGUCCUGUCAACUCUGGCACUGAGAAGACAGGACAGGGGAGGAGAGGGCUUUGUCUGUCAGUCCAGUCAGCCUGAACUAAGCACAGAUUCUCCAGGACCCCAGAGCCAGUCCAGCCUCCUCGCUCCUCCAAGCCUCAGCUAACUCCCCAGGCAGGCAGACCACCAGAGCCCCCUGCCCUGAGGGACCUUUCCUAACCACUCAUCAUCUAUCACCAGGUUCUCCUCGCCACAGCACAUCAAGACAAUGAACGAAUUUGACUUGCACAACUCCUCGUUAAAUUUCUUCAAUGGCACGCCCUGGUUCGUCUACGAGUGCACCCUCAAUCUGGAUAAGGACUAUCAGCGGAUCGCCUUGUUCCUGCUCUACCUGCUGCUGUUCAUGGUGGGGCUGGCUGAAAACACCCUGGUGGUCUGGGUCAAUUGGCGCCGGCGCCACUCGGCCAACGGCGUCUUGUUCUGUGUCAUCAACGUGAGCUUGUCGGACCUGAUGGUGGUUCUGAUGUUGCCCUUCUACAUGCUGGAGGUGACCAUGGACAAGGUAUGGCUGUGGGGCCGCUUCCUAUGUAAAGUCACCCACCUCAUCUACGUGAUCAACUUCUAUAGCAGCUCCUUCUUCCUGGCCUUCAUGACCCUGGAGCGCUACCUGUCCCUGUCCAGGCCCUCGUCUCCUGCCUGCUUCCCCGUAGCCAGACGUCGCCGCUGGCUACUCUGCGGUGGUCUCUGGCUCCUCUCCCUAUUCCUGGCUCUGCUGGAGAACGUCCACAUGGACCUGCUGGAGUGGGACGAGCCGGGCUGCUACAUGCUGCCAGAGAACAACUACACUGAGUGGUUUGUCUCCGUCUCCUUCCUCUGCCUCAUCUUCCAGUUCCUUGGCCCGGCCUCCAUCAUCGUCACCUGUAACAUCUUGAUAGCCCGUGCGGUGCGCUCCGCUCCAGACGUGCAGGGAAAACGGGACGUCUGGCUGGUGCAUGUGUACUCCCUGGUGUUUGUCCUCUGCUGGCUGCCGUACCACAUCGUCUUGUUCCUGAUGAUGGUGGAUGAUCUGGACCCUCACGUGUUCAGCUGCAACACAGUGGAGGUGCUCUACAACUCCUACGGUGUGGUUGAGGGCCUGUCGCUCUUCCACUGCAUCGCCAACCCUGUCCUUUACAACUUCCUCAGCAAGAGCUUCCGUUCCAACCUGAUCAACGCUGUGGUCCACUAUUUACCCAGGGAGUUCCCAGGAGGGUCGAAUCCCCAAGAAACUGCACCCAACGCAGGAGGACCAGACACUAGGAAGAAGGAAUGCAAGCUUAGCGACAUGAGCACCAGUCACUCUGAUGUUGCUGGGUUGUAGAAAAAGGAAGCACCACAGUGUCACAUUGAGACUUAACUAGCCAUCAUCACCGAAGGACAAUGGAGGAAAGGGGAACUUGAAAGCUGUUACUGAAGCGUGUGCUGCCUUCACAGGCUAGACAUGUCACAAGACAAGGUUUCUUAGUCUGACUCUCUUGGGUCCAGAUUGUUCACCCUUCUCCCAAAGUGUACACUUGCACACUUUCAUUUCAAAGUAUUUGAUUGGUGUAAGCAUUGGCUGAAGGGAGUUUCUUACAUUAUAAAACAAAAGAAAACAUGACCAGCAAUGUGCAAGUACACAUUUAUGGAGAAUUGUGGAGAAUCAGGAUUCAGCCUUGGUCACUAAGAAAUAGUCAUGUAAAUGAUGGACUCUCUGUCCCUCUCAUAUGUCUCCCAUUUUUCUCUUUCAGCACAUCAAUAAUGUUGUAAACGGAAGGAAGGAAGGAAGGAAGGAAGGAAGGAAACGCUUUCGGAUUUUUUUCUUUGAACUUCCACAGGAACUUGUGGCACCAAUAUCUAGGAACUUCUGGAGGACAGAAUUAGUCAUUACAUCGCUGGGAGAAGAGAAGCUUCCUCGCAAAUAAACAUUUUCCUCUGUGUAACGUAGAUGAGAUUAAAACAUAUAACUACUGAGUAUAAACAACUUGUAAAAUUGAAAUGCAACUGCUAAAUGUAAAACAUUUUGAUUACACAACCAUAUAAACAGAUCUUGAUUUCCACAGCAACUUUUUUUUUUUUGCUGAAUUUGUAAAUGUGUUGAAUAAAAGUAUUCCAAACAGGA